AUGACUGAUCUACAUCCUCCUGUAACUCAAACUUUGUCAACACCACGACCGUCACGAAGAGACGCUCCUCAUUACUUAUUAGAUUAUGGAAACAACGAUUUGAAAAUUGUACCUGCUUCCGGAUGUACAACUGUUUCAACUGACGAAUUUGACGUAAAUGAUGGUGCACAAUUAAUAUCGUACAAACAUCGACAUGAUUUAAUAAAUGUUUUUAGUGAUGAGUUUUUUCGUAGUGCUUCGAGUUUUGUGGGUGUGGAAUUCCGAUUAUUGGAUUUUAUGCCACUAAUGAAGAAAGAGAUCUCGAACAGCCGUUUUUUAAAAAAUUGUUUGCAAAAAUGUUGGUAG